AAAUCCUCCGAACACCAACAAACCACCUCCUUGUAUUCAGCAUAUUCUCAACGGAGUCUAAACCCAGAAAUUUCAACUACUUACACACGCACAUAUGUAUAAUUGUUAUAUAUAAACCUGUAUACUCUCAACUCUAUGAUUCCUUCCUCUGACAUGAAAGCAUUAAAGAACUAUAAUUGAAAUAUUCAAUGCUGCAACGAGGUUUUACCCACGAUGGCAACCUUGUUUCAAAUCCAAACUUUCCUAUCCCUUUCUUCUAAUAAACCCAUUUUCUCAUCAAAGCCACAACAAUGGCCGAGCUGGAUAACCCAUGAAUACAAACCUAGAAGAAACUUAAAGAUUUGUGCUUUUUCUGCUAAGAGACCCAGGAGUGGGAGAAAGGUAAAGAGCAAUGAGGAACUGUGUACUGAUAUAAGGGAAUUUGUAGCUGCGGUUGGGCUUCCGGAGGGUCAUGUUCCCUCCUUGAAACAGCUUUCUCAGUAUGGAAGGAGUGACUUGGCUAACAUUCUUAAACGAAGAGGAUACAAGCCUAUCAAACAGCUUCUUUCGAGUUCGCCUAAAACAGACCGCAAUGGAUUUGUUGCAGAGAAAAGGGUAGCUCAAAAGCAUGAUGCCACUGGUGAUUCAGAGGAUACUUUUAAAGGUCAAUAUGAAAAGAGUGAGAAUGCAAUCGAAGAUGUCUCCUUGCCAACUGAUGUUUUCAACAUGGAAAAUAAUUUAGUUGGAGAGGGUGUUGAUUCUUCUGAACAUAAUUACAUGAAGGAAACUACAGUACCCACUUUGGGAUGUCAAAAUGAAAUGGAAGGCGCUAUGCUUGAAGAUGCUUCCGCGUCAGCUUUUUUCCCAGUUGAUGAGGAUUAUUCUAGGAGUUUGAAUGUUAAUCUGCGUCACAAUUCUGAUAAUAAUAUUCUGAUACCUGAAGAACCUGCAGCCACGUCAUCUUUGGAGAAAAAAGUUGCAAACUUUGUUCAGAACGGAGAUUUGGAUGCAAUCGAGUAUGAUGUUUACAAGAUAUUAAAUGAAGGUGGUGAGAAAGAAAGCAAGGAAGUUGUCAGAACUAAUAAUGAAGUAGCAACUCAAUCUAUAAAAAGAAGUGAAGAGCACUCGGGACAUGCCUAUGAUGCUCCCAUCACAUCGACUGGAAGUGCAACAGUUGCCGAGCAGGUUGCUCCUCCUGUAGCAAUGGAUUACCUACCUUGGAGGGAAGCUCAAACACUAAAAGACAAUGAUUUGAGGGAGGGUUUGGAUUCUGAGACGAAUGGAAGGGACAAUCUAAUUGAGAUUAAUCAUCUCAAGUUUAUGCUGGUAUAUAGUUUUAACCACCAAAAGGAAUUAGAAUUGUCCCAUUUGAAGGAGCAGAUUGAAAAAGAAAAGAUGGCUUUGUCUUCCCUACAAACCAAGGCUGAAAUGGAAAUCCAGAAAGUUCAAAAACUUGUCUCUGAGAAAGAUGCUGAAUUGCAAGCUGCUGAGGAAAGCCUAUCAGGCCUACAGGAGGUGCAACUCGAAUAUUCUGGAGAUGGUGAAAUUGUGGAGGUGUCUGGUAGCUUCAACGGUUGGCAUCAUCGGAUUAAAAUGGAUCAUAAACCAUCUUCAAUCAUCGAAAACCCCAUCGAGUCAAGUAAAUCCAAAAUCUGGUCAACAGUGCUAUGGCUUUAUCCCGGAGUAUACGAGAUAAAAUUUAUUGUUGAUGGUGAAUGGAAACUUGAUCCCGAGAGAGAGACAACAAGCAAUGGCAGAAUAUGCAACAACAUUCUCCGAGUUGAUCGAUAAUUUCGGAUGGGUGGAAGAGAAAGAUUCUAUAUGUUAUGCAUACCAUUAUGAUCGGUUUGGCAUCGGAUUUCGGUUGGAACAGAUAAGCUCAUUGACUGCAUUGGGGAAGGCAGCUUGUUUAAUGCAUGGCCAUGAGGUUUGGGGUUGAAGUCGUCUGUGUGCCAUCACACCAAAUAAGGACUUCAAUCAUUUCCUUGUGAUUGUGCCAUGCCGAAGUGCAUGAACUUUUGAUGGUUAAGGUAAUAUAGUUAGCAAAUGAUGUGAUAAGUUUCAUCGACUUACAGUGGAAGACAUUGAAGCAAUAGGUUUUUGUGUCUGGUAUCAGAAUUGUACAAAUGUCUUUAGCAACUCUGUACAUUUUCGUGUCGCAUAAACGUCUAGAACUCGGGAUUUCAUAAGAGGUUUACCUGGGAAUUUUGGGUCGGACAUUGUCCCACCAAAAUUACCCAUUUUGACAUGUAAAGAUGCAGUGAGUUAGGAACUUGACGCAUAUGAACUUGCAGUU